UCAUUGUUUUGCUAGGAGCUCGUGAGCAAACUUUACCUCCACUUUCCACUGAUGUUGAUCAAAGCUAGCUAGCUGAGGAGGCUAAACGUUUUAUACAAUAACAGCCAUUGUUUUUGUUUUAAAAGUUAGAAAGAAACACACGGUAGAACCUAAAAACAGCCCAAAUCUCAGCUGAAACGUCGCUUCCAGGACACAAAGCCUUAACAGGACGACUGUCAUUAUUCACCCGAACUUACAGAUCGUUCCGAAAUCUAGACUGAACCGGUUAAACAUCGACUGUAAUUAUCCUGACUGAAUCCCCAGCUUCAGGCUCUUCAUGAAAGAGUGAUGUACGAAAAUGUGCCGACAGUAUCAUCAGCUGAGCGGCAGCAGGUGCUCCAGGCUGUGGAAAGGCUGCAGUCUAAGCUGGCUCAGCGUGAGGAAUGGACUCACAGUGAAAGGCUAGGAACGCUAAAGGAAGCACUACAGAGCCCUCUGCUCAACCGCAUCAUCACCCUGCAGCACUCUCUGAAACAGCUUAAAGACCAGCUGAACUGUUUACCUCCUGAUGCAUGCAGCGAGUUCAGUUUCUCCAGGAAAGGCCAGUUAAUUGUCAGCGCAAGUCGUCCUGGAAGCAGUCUAGGCUCGGUGGUGUCUAAUGGCACCUCUGCAUCUUCAGCAUCCUCUGAGCAGCUCCAGAGAUGGCUUCAUGCGACAGCAAAGGGAAGAAAGCUGGAGCAUGUCAACCUGCUGAGGCCCUUGACAGAAGGUCUAGGUUUCAGUGUGGUGGGGCUGAGGCAGGAUGGAGUCGGCCCUCAUGGAGUUUUCAUCAAACAGGUGCAAACGGGGAGUGUGGCAGACAGAGAUGGCAGAUUGCAGGAGAACGACCAGAUUCUGGCCAUCAACGGGAUUCCCCUGGACCAUAAUAUCACGCAGCAGCAGGCGGUUGCUUAUCUACAGCAGCAGAGGGACCGAGUAGAGCUCAUAGUGGCCAAAGACUCUUCACCUCAUCCACAUCUCUUCCCACCUGGAUCCAUUCAGACAGUAAGGCUAUUUCAGGAACAUUGGGGACAUGUGGAGGAGAUCGAGCUGAUGAACGAUGGUUCAGGUCUAGGCUUUGGAAUUGUGGGUGGAAAAGCUGCCGGGGUGGUCGUACGCACUCUGGUACAAAACAGCAUUGCAGAUAAGGACGGCCGACUGAGGACCGGUGACCACAUCCUACGUAUUGGCGACACUCCUACACAGGGGCUGACCAGUGAGCAGGUUGUGCAGGUGUUGCAGGCCUGCGGUAACCGAGUCCGCAUGCUAAUUGCCCGGGAUCCCCUGGGUAAUACACAGCCUCCACCACCACCUCCACACGCUCCUACAGCAAUGCCCUCUGCCUCCAUGCUCCCUCCCAUACCAGCUCGCAGGACCAGCAAAACGCUAAACCUUGAGGGCCAUGAGAUUCAUGAAGUGUCGUUGAAGAAGAAAGAUGGCCAGAGUCUGGGAAUUUCUAUUGUUGGCUGUAACUCUUUGACCGCCGAUGACGGAUUAGGGGUUUCUGUGAAGAGCAUCAUCCCUGGCAGUGCUGCUGAACAGUGCGGGAAUAUCAUGGUCCAUGACAGAAUAAUUGCGCUGAAUGGAGUUAACCUACAGGGCUUCACCAGCCAGGAGGUCCUGGAUGUGAUGAGGCAGACGGGUCAGACUGUGAACCUCACUUUGGUCCGCAAAAUCGCCUCGCCUAAGAAGUCUGCCGUGGAGAUCUCUUUGGAUAAAGUCCACAGAGAGUCAUCCCGAGUGUCUUUGAGGAGAUCUGCAGAGAUCAAGGUCCGGGCAGAUGUUCAGAUGGCCUCUGUGAUGGAGCCAGUGGACACAAGUCAGACAGCGAUCAAACAGCAGUCAUCUACAAGAGUUCGAGAGUCCAUUCCACUGACAGAGAUGGAGUUGCGCACCAAAUGGGAGCAGGCACUGGGCCCUCAGUAUGAUGUUAUGGUUGUUAAACUAGACCCUGUCAUUGAGGAUGAUGCUGAGCUGCAGAAAUAUUCUAAGUUGCUCCCGAUACACACCAUGCGUCUUGGCGUGGAGCUAGAUUCGUUCGAUGGUCACCACUACAUUUCUACCGUAGCCCCUGAUGGUCCUGUGGCCAAGCAUGGUUUACUGCGACCAGAGGAUGAACUUCUUGAGGUGAACGAUGUGCAGUUGUACGGGAAGACGAGGCGGGAAGCUGUAGCGUUCUUGCGAGAGGUUCCUCCUCCCUUCACUCUUGUGUGCUGCAGACGCCUCAUUGAAGAGGGCACUGAAUACGAACCUGAUGAUGAUGAGGAUGAUGAUGAUGAGUGGGGCUCCAGGGAUCCUACAGCUAGCCUACAGGAGCAGACACAAGUGAUCCAGAAGGAGGUUGCUGAGCAGCAAACCGCUCCAGAGCCAAGCUUUUCUGAGAGGGAGGAGGACGAGAAUAGGGAGAGUGGAGAUGAAGAGAACGAAGAGGGAGAGUUGGCUCUCUGGUCUCCAGAAGUGCAUGUGCUGGAGUUGGAGAAAGGCGAGCGAGGCCUCGGGUUCAGCAUUCUGGAUUACCAGGACCCUCUGGACACUACACGCUCUGUGAUAGUCAUACGAUCGCUGGUAAGCGGAGGUGUUGCAGAGAGUCAUGGUGACCUGCUGCCUGGAGAUCAACUGGUCUUUGUUAACGACACCUACCUGGACACAUGCUCCCUAACCCAGGCUGUAGAUGUCCUCAAGGCCGUGCCGCCAGGCACCGUAUACCUGGGCAUCAGGAAACCUUUGGGGGCAGAGGACGGGGACACUGUGGAGAAACCUGCAGCUCUCAGGGAGCAAGAACACACCACCACCUAUUCUCAGCUUCCUGUGUCUAAGCAGGACUUUAGGGAUGACUCUGUCCUUCCAGAAGACAUUGAUGAUGACCCAGAGCUGAUUCUGGAUAGUACAAUCCGUUAUGCCAAACCUCUAAUUACGCCCGAGUUCCUGCCAGGCGAAGAGAGAGAGAUGGCUGUGGAUGAGGAGGUAGAUGAUGAGGAGGAAAGAAACAGUUUGAGAAGUAAUAGGGAGAGUCCACUGUUAUACCACAGGGAGCAGUCACCUUACAGGGAAGAGGAAGUGACGUUAAACCCCUACCUGACAUUUACCCCUACUGAAAUACAGCAGCAGGUGGCGGAGGACAGAGCUGCAAAUGAAGAUGAUUUUCUAACAGAAAUGGAGUCAAGCCUAAAUUUCCAUCAGCAUCCCCUCAGUCAGUCAGCACAGACAUGGGUGGAGUUAGCAGAGAGUGAGGCGGACUCAGAUUCGCGGAAUGAAGGCUCCGAGCUCACGCUGACUGACACAGACACAGAGUCUGCACAGCCAACUUCAUAUGUCAGAGGGAAGAAGAGAAGUCAGGGGGCUGCAACGGGGCUGAUGAGACAUGAACACAGUGAUUUACCAGAGAGAGAGGAUGGAGAGGGAGAGGAAACGCCCAUCUUCAGUCACUGGGGUCCCCCACGCAGAGUGGAGGUGUGGCUGGAUCCUGGUGAGUCUCUGGGCAUCAGUAUCGUUGGCGGCCGUUCGGUUAUAAAGCGCCUGAAGAAUGGAGAAGAGCUGAAAGGCAUCUUCAUUAAACAGGUGCUUCCAGACAGCCCUGCAGGACGUACACACGCACUCAAAACUGGAGACAAGAUCUUGCAGGUAGCUGGUGUGGACCUGCAGAAUGCCAGCCAUGAGGAGGCAGUACAGGCCAUAAAAAGUGCCCAGAGCCCUGUAGAGUUUGUUGUGCAGAGUCUUUCAUCCACUCCCCGGCCUGUUUCAGUCACAGCCUCCAAUAUAAGACAGCACAAGGCCAAGAGGAAAGGCGUGCUGAAACCAGAACAGCAGACUGCGCCUCCCCCCAUGCGUCUCCCUCCACCAUACAGACCUCCCAGCCUUGUGCAGGAAGAGAAGGAUCCCGAAGAGGAUAGAGAGGACAUCAGGCAGAAAUACAGCGAGCUACAAGGGGAGCUGCUGGUUGUGGAGCUGGAGAAGGAUCGACAGGGUUUGGGUCUGAGCCUGGCCGGAAACAGAGACCGCUCCUGCAUGAGCAUAUUUGUGGUUGGCAUCAACACCGGAGGGCCAGCCAGCCGUGAUGGACGCAUCCGAGUUGGUGAUGAGUUACUGGAGAUCAACAACCAGGUGCUUUAUGGGCGAAGCCACCAAAAUGCAUCAGCCAUAAUAAAGAGCGCUGCAUCCAAGGUGAAGCUGGUGCUGCUCAGGAAUGAAGAUGCUAUCAAUCAAAUGGCAGUUCCACCCUUUCCCUACCAACCUUCCUUUCUCUCCUUAAAUGAGAUUCAUCCAAGCCUUCCAGAAGCUGCGAUACCUGCAGAGAAGCCGCAGCCCCCGGAGUGUCUCCCAGAGCCGCUGCUAAGCCAGAGCCAGGAGCAGUCGAGUGAGGUCACUCCAGAGAGCUCAGGAUCUGCAGAGGCGGUGGACAAGGGCCUAAAGGAUGGCGAGGCUGCUUCGAAAAAGCUAAAGUCUUCAGAAAGAGCAUUAGAGACUGUGGAUGAGGAUGUUUCCAGACCUGUAUUUGAAAAGACUGCUAGUCUUGCCAAAAGCCCAAGAAACUCCAUCAAGCUUCCAUCAACUUCUGUGGAUGUGGCAGCACUCUUCCCUCCAGUGCCUCCUUCAUGCACCAGCCCGGACUUUGAGUGCUGCAGCAAAGAUCCUGCUACGUGUCCCAUAGUACCAGGGCAGGAGACUGUUAUCGAGAUCUCAAAGGGCCGCAGCGGGCUCGGCCUCAGUAUAGUCGGAGGCAAAGACACACAACUGGAUGCUAUAGUGAUCCAUGAGGUAUAUGAGGAGGGAGCGGCAGCACGGGACGGCCGACUGUGGGCUGGAGACCAGAUACUGGAGGUAAAUGGCGUGGACCUGCGCAGUGUAGCUCAUGAGGAUGCCAUCGCGGCUCUGAGGCAGACUCCUGCUAAAGUUCGUCUGACGGUUCUGCGAGAUGAAGCACAAUACCGCGAUGAGGAAAAUCUGGAUGUGUUCUCUGUGGAACUUCAAAAGAAGAGCGGUCGUGGUCUUGGGCUCAGCAUCGUGGGCAAAAGGAACGGCACAGGUGUCUUCAUCUCUGACGUGGUUAAAGGUGGUGCAGCUGAUGUGGAUGGCAGGCUCAUGCAGGGAGACCAGAUCCUGUCUGUGGAUGGAGAGGACAUGAGACGAGCUUCUCAGGAGACAGUUGCUGCUGUCCUUAAGUGUGCAAGGGGAAUGGUGCAGCUAGAAGUGGGCCGGCUGAAGGCUGCCUCUUGGAUCUCCUCCAGGCGCACCUCCCAGGGAAGCCAGAUUCAUGCAAGUAAUAUGAUUAAUAGCAACCCUUUGCCCCCUGUGGCACCUCCUACUGCCCCACAAACCAGCCAGUUACCAAGCAGCAUUAAGAGAACUGGGAACGAAGCCAACACCAAGAGCUCUGUAGUUGAGACCGGUCUACGCACAGUGGAGAUCACUCGUGGUCCCACCGAUGCUUUGGGGAUCAGUAUAGCUGGAGGAAAGGGCAGUCCGCUAGGAGACAUUCCCAUCUUCAUUGCCAUGAUUCAGGCUAAUGGUGUAGCUGCCAGGACCCACCGCCUCAAGGUUGGUGACCGUAUUGUGAGCAUUAACUCUCAGUCUCUGGAGGGUCUGACUCACGGAGAGGUGGUCACUAUGCUGAAACACGCCUACGGCAUCAUCACGUUACAGGUGAUAGCAGACACUAACAUCAGCGCCAUCGCCAGUCAGGUGGAAAGCAUGUCCUCCAGCUCCGGUCUGAGCACCAACCCAGAGACUUCCAUUACAGAGCCAGAAGCGCCCAAGCCAAAGAGCAUAACUCUGGAAAAGGGCUCAGAAGGGCUCGGCUUCAGCAUCGUGGGCGGCUUCGGGAGUCCACAUGGAGACCUGCCUAUCUAUGUCAAAACUGUCUUCAGCAAGGGGGCAGCAGCAGUGGACGGACGUCUAAAGCGUGGAGAUCAGAUCCUGUCAGUUAAUAGAGAGAGUUUGGAGGGAGCCACACAUGAGCAGGCUGUGGCCAUCCUGAAGAAACAGAGAGGGCUCGUCACACUGUCUGUACUGUCUUAACACAAACACACACUCACACACACCAGGACUGCCACGAACUACCCACACACACACAGCUCAGAGCUCAUUGCUGUCACAAUCCAAGGAGAGGAUUCUGAAACCUGUUGUACACACACACACACACACACACACACACACACACACACACUAGAGGGAGUAUGCAUAGCACCUGAUCAAACUUUCCGCAGUAGAGUUCAGAAACACAAACUCCAGCAGAGCUCCGAAUCAAAUUUAACUUAACCCCUUUAAUGUGUGUGCACAGUUUGGAUCAGUCACUAAACAAGAAGGGAAACUGCUCAUGUCAGACGUCUUCAAUCCUUUUGUUUCAUGUUGUUAUGAGCAACGAGCAGUUAUUCGUGGAUGUCUCCUUUUUUAAUUUAUAACACUCUUACAGUCAACACACUAAUGGAUCCCAGCUUGUGGCUAAGCAGUUCAGGGUUAUAACUUGGUGGCUGAUCAAUUAUCUGAGUAGAAAGGUGAAGAAAUACCUAAUCUCUUUAGGUAUGUAUGCUUACAAUGGACAAGAAUUUGGAACCAUUUACUUGUACUGAGAUAAGAACAGGAAAAGCAUUAAAGUCUAGCAUUAAUGGGCCUAGAAUUAGACAGAUGAGAGAAUCUUAACACAGAUGCUGUGCAGCUUCCAUAUUUCUAACCCUGAAGUCAAUUUGAAUACUUAUUUUAUUCAUAGAUAUUGUGAAUAAUGUACUGUCCUCUGAAAAUGUAGCCUAAUAUGUUAAAGGACGUGUUUUUACUAAUGGAGAGCUUAGAUGUUUACAUUUAUACAUACGUGAAGCACAGCGGUCAGGAUCUCCUAAAUAAAUAAAUAAGGCUGAGACAACAGUAAGGGACUCCGGAGUGAUGAAGGAAACAGCUCGGAUUGCCCACAGUUUUAAGAAUCUAUUUUUUUAAUGAAAGAGAAAGAGGAUUAUCCAGUGCAUCGUAUUCCUUUUUAUUGAAGAAUCAGUUACUUCACAUCCAGUGCGCAACGUCUCUAAGCAAUAGACUUUCUCUCACUCAUAGUUUUGUCCUGGUGUGUAGAUUCAUCUUAACACCAUCAGGUUCAUGUUAUUGCUUUGUUCUCAGUCAGAGAUUAAGUGGUAGCUCAGUGGUUAAGGUGUUGAACUACUGAUCGGAAGGUUGUGAGUUCAAUCCCCAGGUCCACCGAGCUGUCACUCCUGGGCCCCUGAUCAAGGCCCUGAACCUCCAAUUGCUCAGCUGUGUAAUUGAGAUAAAUGAGCUUUUAUUAUAAGUGAGUUGAGACUGAAGAGGUUUUUAGGUUUUCUUGGUGCAGGUAAACAUGUAGAUAUUCUUGUCAACGGUAAUGACAUGUGCUUCCCAAAGAAAUGAUGUUGAAAAACAUAAAAAAUAUAUUUUUUCCACAAAGCGACCAUUUUGAUUUACCUGGAAGCAGUGAGUAACACAUGCAGAUACACACACGGUUUCACCAGCUGACUGACAGUACAAUUUAAGUCACGUUGCUUGCUAAUAAGAAUCAGUAAUCACUAAUGAAUGUAUGAAUGUUUCUACACACACACACACACACACACACACACACAGUCCUAUAUAGAAAACUAUAGGGAUGAACUGUGAUAAGGGAUUAGUGCUCAAACCUUUUUUGCUGGCCUUAUUUAGAUCAUGCUGAGAAUUCUGUUUGUUUUUGUCUGUGUUGUAUAUGUGCCCUCCUUUAUUAUUGUCUCAUCAACACUAGAAGCAGCAUGAUCUAUUGCAGCGAAGUGGAGUACUGUACAGCGCAGCGCUCCUGUUUCUGACCGAAUAAUCAUAUCAGACUUCAGCUGUCAGAUUCACAAAGAAUUGUUGUGAACCUUAGUUUUUUUGGGUUUUUUUUCGUUUGUUUAGAUUAAUUUUUAUUAGUCUUUUUUUUGUUUUUGUUACUAAAUCUAUCAUCAGUGUUUCAUCAUUUAAUUGCACAAAUCAUUUUAAUGUAAAUAUGUAAUUUAUUUCAUUCAUUCAGUUCAAUUUUGUAGGACUUUUGAACUAGCAUUCCUGUCAAUGUAUGAAAUGAAGACGGUGUGUGAAAUGCAUCGUUUUACACUGUGUGUACCACAAUAUGAGGAAAUCCUGUGUCAGCUGGACUCCUGAGCUCCAAACGGAAGUGUGCCAAAUUCUUGCAAGACACCCGUUAUGACCCCAGGGUAGUCAGAAAUGCACGACGAGACUGGACAAAAUGUCCAUGCCGAGGUUAACCACAUUCUGCAUUAGGAAUAUGUUUAACACAUUUUAGUUCCAGCUUUAUAUGUAACCGAAUCAGGAGUAAACACUACACUGGGUUUUCCCCAAACACAAAAAGCUCACUGAACCUACACAGAAUCAGGAGUGUCUGACUCGGCUAGGUGUGCACAGAUUUGUAGCUACAUCUCAAAUGGUAUUCUUCACAUACUUUUAGUGUGAAUAGUGUCUUCACACCAGGAAACCCAGCAAGCUGUAAUGUGCUAUUAAUAUUCAGGUGAUGUACUUAUAAAGCCUAAAAGUCAAGUGUGGAACAAUGAUAACUUUUUGAGCCACCUGAAGUCACUACAGAUUGCAUUAUGUUUAUAAAGGGGCGGGUCGUCAGAUCACCGAUGGCUAAUAAAGUGUUGCUAAAUAACAAGUACAGUAAUUGUGCCGCAAAAUGUUAAUGAACAUGUUACAGAUAAUAAUAAUAACAAUAAUAAUAAUAAUAAUAAUACAACACAUGUUUAAAAACAACACCAGGGCCUGUAUACUCUAGUAGGUAUAUUGUGCAAGUGUAUUAGAGUCUAAAAUCGUGCCUAGUGCACCAUUUGAGUUUUCAAUAUGUGGUCGAAGUCCUGAAUCUUGUGUGUUAAAUGAAGUAGAAUGCUAAUCUCUGUAAUGCUCUGACUCCAACACUCCCUCUUUUAAUGGUCCUUCUGGGAAAAGUCUGCAGCACUGUGGUUCAACUGGUAGAGGAUUUUCCCAGCACAGAUAUUCCUCACAUCAGUUGUCUGUGUCGAACUGAAAAAUGUUAAAUGCCAUGACUUGGCUUCCAGGUGCAGACUGUGUUCACCAUGCUGUCUGCCAUGAACUCCCUUUAAAACAUAUGUCUGUGUCCUAUGCUUGUUCUCCCUCUCUGUUUCUCCUACUCUCUAUCUCUGUCUCUUUCUUUUUGUCUGUGUCUCUCUCACUCUGUGUCUCUCUUGCUCUGUUUCUCUCUCUCUCUCUGGGUCUCUGUGUGUGUUUGUGUGUGUCUCUCUGUUUCUCUCUCUCUGUCUGUCUCUCUCUCUCUGUCUCUCUCUCUUUAUCUCUGUCUGUAUGUCUCUCUCUCUUUCUCUCUCUCUCUCUCGCUCUUCAUCUCACUUCUCCCCUGUCCCAGACAAAUACAGAAAAAAAGUCUCGUUACUUGUUCAACUGGAAAUGCUUAGUUCAAUGGUCAGUCUUUGUGAAAUGAUCAUGUAAUGUGAAAUCCCAAAGAAACCAUGUCAAGAUUCAUUAUAUUAGAUAAUGAGAGAUGAUUCAAUAAACCUGAUAUCUACAUUUA